GAAAGGAAGGAAGGGGAGCCAGAGGUGGGAGUGGAAGAGGCAGCCUCGCCCGGGGCUGAUUGGCUCCCGAGGCCAGCCCUCGCCAGCGGUUUAUAAGAGUUGGGGUAGCCGGGCGCCCUGCCCGCUCGCCCGCGCGCCCCCCGAGCUGCGCCCGGCUCCGAGCGCCCCACGUCGAGGCCCGUCUGGCCCCGCGCCGGCUCCGCGCCGUCUUUGGAGUUGGUGGCGGGCAGAGGCCAGGGAGGGCGCCAGCCAGGGAGGCGAGCGCCGCAGCCAGCCGGCCGAGCGCCAUGCGCCGCGCCAGCCGAGACUACACCAAGUACCUGCGCGGCUCGGAGGAGAUGGGCAGCGGCGGCUCGGGCGCCCCGCACGAGGGCCCCCUGCACGCGCCCCCGCCGCCCGCGCCGGCCGCGCCGCACCAGCCCGCCGCCGCCGCCUCCCGCUCCAUGUUCGUGGCCUUCCUGGGACUGGGGCUGGGCCAGGUGGUCUGCAGCGUCGCCCUGUUCCUCUACUUCAGAGCUCAGAUGGAUCCUAAUAGAAUAUCCGAAGAUGACACUCACUGCAUUAAUAGAAUUUUCAAACUCCACGAAAACCCAGAUUUGCAAGACACAACUCUGGAGAGUCAAGACACAAAAUUAAUACCUGAUUCAUGUAAGAGCAUUAAACAGGCCUUCCGAGCAGCUGUACAAAAGGAGUUACAACAUAUUAGAUCACAGCACAUCAGAGCAGAGAAAGCUAUGAUGGAAGGUUCAUGGUUAGAACUGGCCAGGAGGGGCAAGCCUCAUACUCAGCCUUUUGCUCAUCUCACUAUUAAUGCCACUGACAUCCCAUCAGGUUCCCACAAAGUGAGUUUGUCCUCCUGGUACCAUGACCGAGGUUGGGCCAAGAUCUCCAACAUGACUUUCAGCAAUGGAAAACUAAUAGUCAACCAAGAUGGCUUCUAUUUCCUGUAUGCCAACAUCUGCUUUCGACAUCAUGAAACUUCAGGAGACCUCGCCACAGAGUAUCUUCAGCUGAUGGUGUAUGUCACUAAAACCAGCAUCAAAAUCCCAAGUUCUCAUACCCUGAUGAAAGGAGGUAGCACCAAAUACUGGUCAGGGAACUCCGAAUUCCAUUUUUAUUCCAUAAAUGUUGGAGGAUUUUUUAAGCUACGAUCUGGUGAGGAAAUAAGUAUCGAGGUAUCCAACCCUUCACUAUUGGAUCCAGAUCAAGAUGCCACAUACUUUGGGGCUUUUAAAGUUCUAGAUAUAGAUUGAGUCCCAUUAAAAGGCUAAGACUAGAUAUAGAUUGAGUCCCAUAUUGUGGAGCAUUAUUCUGUAUUUCCUAGGAUGUAUGGGGAAAAGUUCUAAACAAGCCGAGAAAGAUGUAUAUAGAUGUGAGACUACUAAGGGGUAUGACCCACAAUGGUACAAGGAGACUCUUUCCAUGCUUUUGACUCUGUCACGAGCAUGUGUAUCUACCGCCAAUGGGAGACGUUGGAGUAAAGAUUGUUACAGUCUAAAGACUUUCUUACAUAAUGGCUUUUAAAUUUUGUAAUGAAUUCCUAAAAUUAUACCA